CAAUAAUGAUAUCAAUUAUAAUGGUAAGUAUAAUAAUAAUGAUAAUGAUAAGCAUCAAUAACAACAAUAAUAAAGAUAAAUAUAGAAUUAGCAAAAACGCAAAGAAACAAGGAAAGAGGACAAUAACGAAAGUCCAAUAAAGCAGACGAAACAGGAGAAAAUCGCUAAACAGAAACAGAGGAUAGCAACAAAAGGAAACAAGGAUCAAAAGAUGGAAAUACUUGGAGAAAGAAAGAAGAAACAACAAGGAUAACCAUAAGCUUGUCAUAAAGAAGGAUUGAAGGAGAAAAUGUGGAAAAGUUAGAAGAGAGAAAGCAGGAAGGAGAAAGGUAACAAACAGUAAAGGAGAAUAAAAGGAGAGAAUAUGGAAAAGUUAGAAGGAGAGAGAAAGAAAAGAAAAGAAAAAAAGGAACAGAUAACAAUAAACGUGGCCUAAGGGAGAGUAGAGGGCUUGAGGAACAUAAGUAAAAUACACGACAUAGCUCAGUCACGUGGGUAGGUCACGUGAUCCGAAGAGGUUAUUGAGUCCACCCAAACCGUUACCUCCCUUAAGUUAAAUUCCUUAAAUAAACGCCAAAUAAAUCGAUAUUGAGGUUACUUCCUUCUUAUACAGCGAUAGCAUGUGGUUAACAGGUCCUCUUGGUAUUAAUGUUGCAAAAUACUCCGUGUUUACUUCUCGGUCACGUGCUCGGGUUACGUAUCCAAAAGCUCCCAUCAAAACACACAGAUUUGACACGAUUGCCGGAUUAAUAUUUCUCGGGGACUAUUUUUAUUUACUGUAUUCUUUAACGAGGACAGAUGAUCCAUAUCUACUGAACGUUUGCUGUGUUUGUCAGUGUUUCGAUAGAGUGGGUGGCGAGUUCAAGAUGAAAGUGUGUUAACCGUGCGACGUGUAAAAGUGUUACGCGCGUUUCGAUGGUAAUAGACGGUCGACGCGAAACCUGUCUGUGUGGCGAGAACUCAGUGUUGUUAGGGUAUCGCUGGGACGCAGAAGGCGAGUGUCUGUUUAUCAAGCAGGUUUAUGAAGUGACUUGAUCAAUACAGGCUUUUUUUUUUUUCUUAUUUUGUGUCUGUGAACAUUCCCGGCCUCUUAUGACACUGUGGAAACGAUCAGCGGAGACAGAAAUUACGAGCGAAUUUCUCCCACAUGUCUGGGGCGCCAACGGGGGUCUCUGGGUACGUCAGAUCACACGCCGGGGACAUCCUUCCUCGCCCAUGAUGACCAACGUGAAUGUCGCGGGUCUCUACCUCGACCAACACGCCCUACAAAAUGCAAAUGACUCGCAUAACCAGAGCUACAUCGUCUUCAUACCGCUUGGCCUCGGUCUCCUCCUCCUCAGUGUCUGUCUCCGAUGGUGCAUGCGGCGUGGGUGCGAGAGGAAGACCGCGGUCGUGGAUCCGGAAGCCGCUGUCGGGGAUCUCGUGAUUCGGCUGUUUCACGAUCCUCCUCCCGACUACGAGGACGUCGCUAACGAUCCUCCGCCGCCAAUGUAUUGCGAAGUCUUCAGAGAUCCUCCUGACGAAGGGAUUAGGUCCUGACGUCGCCUCGGUGCGCUGUUUUUUAAGGACAUAGUGAUAAAAAGGUGUGAAUGUUUUCAGUUUCGCGGAAGUGUAUACUUUGCCUUCAGAAAUUGAGUGUACAUAUACAUACAUAUACACAUAUAUGCAUACACACACACGCACACACACGCACGCACACACACGCACACGCACACGCACACGCGCACACGCACACGCACACGCACACGCACAC